GGGAGGAGAAGGAGGAAUGAGGGGUGGGACCCGCGGGGGCUGAGGUGGGAGGUACAUGAGAAGUUAUUAAAAACCGUGCCUGUCCGGGCAAGCCAGGGAGAGAGGUAGUGGGUGAUCUUGUAGCUACAGCACCCUGAGGUCGUGGAGCGGUGGGAGCGGCAGCCGGAGCAGCAGCAGCAACAGAGAGCCGGACGGAGUUAGGACCGCUCGGAGCGCCCAGGUCUCGAGGUAGUAGAAGGUUUGCAAUCCUUCCACUUGCUGGCAGUUGCAGAAGAAGAUCUGCUUUUAAGUGAAACGUACAUGCCACCCCUCUGAGGGCUGCGGCUUCCCCGGGUUUGCUUCUUUCCUUCCUCCUCUUCCGGCCCUAGCGCUCACUCUUUAAUUUGUGCGCGCCCCUAAGUUUGCCGAGAGCUCACUGCCUGCACGGAGCAGGGUCCCGGCCAGGCGCCGCGGGCGGGGGCGGGGAGCCCGGGAACCGCAAUCCAGAAGCAUCGUGGGCCAUGUAUAUUUCAUCAAAUGGACUUUGGGUGCGUCGCGUCUCGCAGCCAUCAACGCUAUGUGCAGUGACAUUUCUGACUUGAGUGGAGGAAUGCGCGAAGGAAGCCCGGGAGAAAUUGGUACUAGAGGAUCUUCUUGGCGCCAAUGCUAAUUGCCCUGAUUUAUGUCCCUUCUGACUAAGCUCAACGUCUUCAUCUGAAAUAAAAUGAAAGCGGUACCAAGCAGAGUAGAACUGCCUGGCCGCUGGUUCUGAUCCCCGGGAAUCAGGAAAUCAUCCUGCGGCUUAAAAAAAAAAAAAAAAAAGAAAAGAAAAGAAAAAAAAAGAAUAGAAAUCGAAAAAAAAAUCCCUCAGUAAAAGUUUAAGGCGAGAAGUGGCAGAGGCAGCGGCGCGAGGAGGUGCGGAGGAGAGCCGGCGAGCGGGGGACUGGGCUGCUAAGACCUCCCGAAGGCUGCGAUUUUAUUAUUAAUAUCACUAUAUUUUUGGAGGGAGAGGCACCUUUCUCAUCUUCUCUUCCUCUCCGCCCACCCCUAUUCCCUCCUCCUCAUCUACCUGUCAAAGUCACUGAUCUUUUGCAUUUCGGAAGAGGACGUCAACGGGAAGGAAUUCCCCCUCUCGGCGCAGGCUCCGAGAGGGGGCGACGCACAGGAGGCUCCCCACCCGGGGCCGGAGGCUAAGGGUGUUGGUGCCAGAAGAAAAGAAUGAUUGAUUGGAAACAGACACCGGGCUAUAGACACCCAUCGUUUUGCUUCAGAUACUGAUAUCUCAGCGCAUCUGGGCAUCCCUUGUGAGCCGUGAACAUCGAGGAUUACUCAGGGUUAUCGGAUGUACAACGGAAGACCCAUCACUCAGCUAAAUUAUUAUCUGCUACAUCUUUUACAAAUAUAAAUUAGACCUGAGUCUAAUAGAUAUGUGCUAGGACAAAGAAAAAGCUGCAAGUUGUCGUUAACACCAAUCACACAAGUAUGUUAGGCUUCCAGCAAAGUUCUCAAUAUAUCCGAACACGCACAAUAUCUUAACACUUCACAUUUGGUGUUGGAAUCUGCUUUGAUAUCUCAUCCUCUUUUCUUUUUUUAAUAUACAGAUCUACCUACAUACAGACAUAUAUGUGUAUGUAUAUAUAAAAUAGACAUAGGUCACAGAUAAGCAAACUCGGCUUUAGUUACCACGAAGACUGCAAAGGAUUCAGAGAUGUAUUUGUCAAGAUUCUUAUCAAUCCAUGCCCUUUGGGUUACAGUGUCCUCAGUGAUGCAGCCUUACCCUUUGGUGUGGGGACAUUAUGAUGUGUGUAAGACUCAGAUUUACACAGAAGAAGGGAAAGUUUGGGAUUACAUGGCCUGUCAGCCGGAAUCCAUGGACAUGACAAAAUAUCUGAAAGUGAAACUGGAUCCUCCAGAUAUUACCUGUGGAGACCCUCCGGAGACAUUCUGUGCAAUGGGAAACCCCUACAUGUGCAAUAAUGAGUGUGACGCAAGUACCCCUGAGCUGGCACAUCCCCCUGAGCUGAUGUUUGAUUUUGAAGGAAGACACCCCUCCACAUUUUGGCAGUCUGCUACGUGGAAGGAGUAUCCCAAGCCUCUCCAGGUUAACAUCACUCUGUCUUGGAGUAAAACCAUUGAGCUUACAGACAACAUAGUCAUUACCUUUGAAUCUGGGCGUCCCGACCAAAUGAUCCUGGAGAAAUCUCUUGAUUACGGACGAACGUGGCAGCCCUAUCAAUAUUAUGCCACAGACUGCCUAGAUGCUUUCCACAUGGAUCCUAAAUCCGUGAAGGAUUUAUCACAGCAUACUGUCUUAGAAAUCAUUUGCACAGAAGAGUACUCCACAGGGUAUAUGACAAAUAGCAAAAUAAUCCACUUUGAAAUCAAAGAUAGGUUUGCGUUUUUUGCUGGGCCUCGGCUACGCAAUAUGGCUUCCCUCUACGGACAGCUGGAUACCACCAAGAAACUCAGAGAUUUCUUUACAAUCACAGACCUGAGGAUAAGGCUUUUGAGACCAGCCACCGGGGAAAUAUUUGUAGAUGAACAACACUUGGCACGCUACUUUUAUGCAAUCUCAGAUGUAAAGGUACAUGGAAGGUGCAAGUGUAAUCUCCAUGCCACUGUGUGUGUGUUUGACAACAGCAAAUUGACCUGUGAAUGUGAGCACAACACUACAGGUCCAGACUGUGGGAAAUGCAAGAAGAAUUAUCAGGGCCGACCUUGGAGUCCAGGCUCGUAUCUCCCCAUCCCCAAAGGCACUGCAAAUACCUGUAUCCCCAGUAUUUCCAGUAUUGGUAAUCCUCCAAAGUUUAAUAGGAUAUGGCCGAAUAUUUCUUCCCUUGAGGUUUCUAACCCAAAACAAGUUGCUCCCAAAUUAGCUUUGUCAACAGUUUCUUCUGUUCAAGUUGCAAACCACAAGAGAGACUGUGAAUGCUUCGGCCACUCCAAUCGAUGCAGUUAUAUCGAUCUGCUAAAUACAGUCAUUUGCGUGAGCUGUAAACACAACACUAGAGGGCAGCACUGUGAGUUAUGCAGGCUGGGCUACUUCAGAAAUGCUUCUGCACAGCUGGACGAUGAGAAUGUGUGCAUAGAGUGUUAUUGUAACCCUUUGGGCUCAAUCCAUGAUCGUUGUAAUGGCUCAGGAUUUUGUGAGUGUAAGACUGGAACGACAGGGCCUAAGUGUGAUGAGUGUCUGCCAGGAAAUUCCUGGCACUACGGCUGUCAACCGAAUGUCUGCGACAACGAGCUGCUGCACUGCCAGAACGGAGGGACGUGCCACAACAACGUGCGCUGCCUGUGCCCGGCGGCCUACACCGGCAUCCUCUGCGAAAAGCUGCGGUGCGAGGAGGUGGGCAGCUGCGGUUCGGAUUCGGGCCAAGGGGCGCGUCCGCAGGGCUCCCCAGAGCUGCUGCUGCUGCUGCUGCUGCUGCUGACCGCACUGCUGGGGACCGCCAGCUCCCUGGCUUUCUAGACGUCGCAUCCAGCCACCGACCUACGCUGCGGGGAAGCAAACACAACCAGAGCAUUUGCUACUAACAUAGGAACCACACACACAGGCACCCCCGCUCAAAUACAGUGCACAAGCUAAGAAGGCCUGACUGAACUAAGCCAUACUUUACCAACCGCGGAGAGCACAUCCGAGUCAAGACUGUUAAUUUCUGACAUCAGCCGAGUUGGCAGUUGUUGAUAUUAUCGCUACAAAUCACUUUGCCAGCUGCAGAGUUUAUUGUGGAUGGAAAAGGCUGUGACAGCCCCCCAAACAGGAAAGACAAAAACAAACAAAUCAACCAACCUAAAAACACUUGCUACUCUAAUGUGGUGUACCCUAGUACCACUCUGCCCAGUGUGUGGACCAACCAAAUAGAAGCAUUCUUUGCUGUCAGUGCAUUGUGGGUAUAACGAGAUCUGUUACAAGCUGCCAUAUUGGCCUGCUUCAGUCCCUGAAUCCCUUCCAACCUGUGCUUUAGUGAACGUUCCUCUGUAGCCCUUGUCGGUUGAAAGAUUUCUUUGUCUGUUAGUGAUGCACAUGUGUAACAGCCCCUUCCGAAAGCUCAAUCCAGACAUACCCCUGUAUAUCUUAGCAGCACUGCAUCAUCCCAGUGCGAGCACCCACCCACUGUACAAGAGUGGCUAUAGGAAAAAAGAAAGUGUAUCUAUCCUUUUGUAUUCAAAUGAAGUUAUUUUUCUUGAAAUACUGUAAUAUGUAGAUUUUUUGUAUUAUUGCCAAUUUGUGUUACCAGACAAUCUGUUAAUGUAUCUAAUUCCAAUCAGCAAAGACUGACAUUUUAUUUUGUCCUCUUUGGUUCUGUUUUGUUUCAUUGUGCAGAGAUUUCUCUGUAUGGGCAACGUGCUGGCAUCAAAGAAUAUCAGUUUACAUAUAUAACAAGUGUAAUAAGAUUCCACCAAAGGACAUUCUAAGUGUUUUCUUGUUGCUUUAACACUGGAAGAUUUAAAGAAUAAAAAUUCCUGCAUAAACGAUUUCAGGAAUUUGUAUUGCAAUUUCUUAAGAUGAAAGGAGCAGCUACCGAGCAGUUUCACACUCACUUUACUGAUUUCUUUGUGGACUGAAUACAUUCAGCUGACGAAUUUAGUACCCAGGAAGAUGGAUUGAUGUUCACUAGCAUUGAUGUUCACUAGCUUGGACUACUUCUGCAAAAUAUGAGACUAUUUCCACUUGGGAAAAAUUAUAACAGCAAAAAAAAAUCUAAGUGAUUGCCAAGAUUACGCCAAAGCCUGUUGGCAGAGUACUAAGAGACUUUUAUUUUUAAGUCAUGCUAUUUUCACAGAUUGAUGGUGAUCAUGUGACUCUAGGGAUGCUGAUCUAUGUAUCUUUCCAAAUACAGUGUUUACAUUGAGUACCAUAAGAGGCAACCUGGGGAACCAGGAACGUAGCAGGGAAAUUGAGUGAUUAGCAAUUUAACUUUGAAUAUAUUCAGACUAAGUAUUUAGAGGAAAUAUCAAAAUAUACAGCAGCAAGUAGACAUAACUGCUGUUCCUGAGAAUAAAGUUUGUUUUAAGUACUGCCCAAGGUGUAAUAAAUUCUUGUUUCUGCCUUUUAUUAGGCCAAUUACUGUGUAAGCCUGCAAGGGGAGGAGGGACGAGAACCAUUGCAAAGUUUCAAAGAGGCCAAAACAGUGUGUAUUCCAUUCCCAGCACACUGAUGUCCCACAGGUUACAAAUGUGUUGGGUUACAAAUGUUAUCUCCUGUAUAACAUAUAAUUAGCAGGUCACACCAGAGUCUUAAGGACAAUGAAGUCCUAAGCGAAUUCACAGGACAGUAACUUAUGAUAGUGUUAGGUCAGAAGCUUAGUUCCAGUCUGAAUUCCUCAUUCAGUGGCCACUCCUUGCUGAAAUGGGAGAAAAAAAAAUUCUGACAAAUAACCUGGGUAAAAACAAGAUGAAGGGACAGCAUGUCUUAUUGGUUUUGUUCCCAGAAAAGCCAAUUCAAAGAAGGCAAUAAAAGGUAAACAGAUAAUGCCUGUGCCGCCUGCCACCCCACGUCCAAGUCGAUUGAAUGUUUGUUAUUCAAACCAACAGUCUCUUUUGAUGUAAGAAAUAAGAAAAGUUGGAGAUAAUUUAAAGCUUUGGCUUAGAGGCAGAGUGGCCAACCAGAAAUAGGAGAUUUACAUUAGAAGCAUAAACAGCAAAUUAUAUUUAAGUCUCACCAAGGAAUACACAUGAAAAUGCUUAGAACGUACAGAGUCUGAGAUUCCUUAUAAUGAGGUGGAUUUCUAAUAUUAAAAUUGGAAUUUUGUUUUAUAGUUUAAUAGCACAAACCAAAGGCAGACUGUGUUAUUUCUGGUAACAAUGCACUUGAUCAUUAUCCACUCAUGGCUUUGUCACAAUGCUCAGGAAUCAGACUCUGCACAUUUCAAUAUGUGGGAUUCCAAAAACUAAUUCUAAAAUUUAAUGAACAUCUGAUCUAAAUCAAUUCUUCGGCAUUUUAUCUU